AUGAUGUCUUUGAAAGUUCUUUCUCUGCUUUUUGCUUCUUUGAGCUUUGUUUUGAUGGAAGAGAACGUCUCAGGCAUAAGUAGAAGGACUCCCAGUGCCAGACCAGUGCAAAAACGCUACUCUGAGGCCACCCUGGCAAGUGAUUACAGCCGCACAAUGGAUAACAUGCUGAAGAAGAACUUUGUGGAAUGGUUGCUAGCCAGGCGAGAGAAGAAAAGCGACAACGUCAUUGAGACAUACAAGAGAGAAGCUGAGCCACAAGUAUCAGCUGUGAAUGGCCAAAGCUUGGACCUGCGCAACCAUGAAGCCAAAGACUUCUUUGCUUGGCUUCUAAAAAACAAGAAAAAUCAGAGUUUUACUUCUCUGGAAGGUUCAGAAGAUUUGAAAGAUGUUUUGAACCAGGAGUUUCUGACAUGGCUAAUGUCGAUUGACCUCUGCAGACCAACGUGAGUGGUUGUUCUACCUGUUCCUGUUGUUAAAAACAUCCCUUCAGAUCCCAUUCCAGCACUGUACAAAGCUUUUGCCCCAAAGGUUCUUGAUGCUCAUCUUUUGAUAGCUGUUGAGUGCUCACAUGGU